UGCCAAUAGUCUUACAGCUAUAAUAUUUCAAGUACUCUAUUGAAUUCUUAUUAUUAUUUAAAAAAAAAAAAUUAAUAAAACUAUGCAUUUCAAGAGCGCCCUUAUUGUCUGCGUGGUGUAUUUCCUGACGUCGGCAUGGAGCGUCGGAUUAAACAGUGAUCAAUUGAUAGAGUUGAAUAAACUGUUUGGAAAUCAUAAAAAGUGUACCCACGGAGUUGACGAGGAGGACGUCUCAAAAGUCGUGAGAGAGUUCUUUGGAAUAAAAUGGAAACGUCCUGAAAUUAAUUUUGCAUUCUAUCCAAAUGAGCCUGAUUCUAUAAACUUAAGUAAUUUAUUGAGGGUGUUAGCGGAAAAAGACAAAAGGUCAGACAAUAUCAAGGCUAAAAUACACAAGUAUUUUGAUGUAAACUUUUUCCUGGAUGAGUUCAUUACAGUCUGCGAGUCUUAUGACCAACCGGGAUAUCUUAAUCUGCAGCAGCUCUCGGAAGUAUUUAGCUAUUGGGAAACGAUAACUGUUAGAUUAAACGAAAAAAUAAAAGAACUUAAAAUCGCAAUAGGCGGAAAUGCACACCGCCAUCUAAUAAACGCGGCGGAUUUCUUGUUGAUCAUGUUGGAAAUCAAACCAGUUGGCAAUGGUAUAACCCCAGCGCAAGCAGAAAAGUUUGGCCGUUUGUACGAAGAACAUAAGACACCCGGUUUGGUGAUCACCAUUGAUCCUGAUGAAAGUGAAAAAGUGUUCAAUGAGCUUGGGAUAACCAUAGACGACGAAUUGAAACUGCUAUUUAUUUCGAACCGACCCGCUGAAAUAUUGUUGAAGGAUUUAAUCUUGGCUGCGGCAGAACGCACUGGGGCGUUUGAGGAAGAAAAAUUGAGAGUGAUAAGUACAAGUGAAGUCGUGUAUGCCAUAAAUGACUUCAAUGUGACCGACGCAGAUAAGGAUGGUUUACUGUCUCCACAUGAGUAUUCUGGCCACGAAGAUGACUUAGAUUCUAUUUUAAAACCGAUGGAAGUGUCGGAAGAAGUUAUCGAAGAUCUGCAAAUUUAUUUAAAGAAGUUCGAUGGUAAGAAGAAACUAAACUUUGCGGAAUUCGUGGUAACGGUAACGUUCGUUGAUAUACAUAAAAGCGUAGAAGACCCUAUGACAAACGAUGCUGAUGCCGAUAGUGAUUAGUUGCCAAUAAUGA